CGAGGAAUCUCGUACGUAGAUUACAUAAACGAUAUUUUUAAUUGAGACGCUAUUUACACACAUAUACAAUAGUUUCGGAAACAAUUGAAUGUUAUAAUGAAAUUAUAUAAAAUCUUACGAAACGUAUUUAAUGGAAAUAUAGUGAAAACGUGUAGUUGUCUCAUGUUAACUGUACAUUUUAAUGAUUCAAAAUACAUAUUAGUUUAACAUUGUUAUGGCUUUAAACAUGUUUUAACGAACAACGUCAGUAGAAUACAAGUUCUUAAAAAUCGGAACAUAUUCAUCAGCUUUUCCUAUAUCUAGGACACAGGGCAUCGACCCAAUGUUAAUUUGCUUGUUAUGUCUAGCAAAUAGAGAAUAUAGGUCAGUAUUCCGUACGGAUUGUUUACACGGGGAACUUACUUAACGUACAAUGAAUAAGUCGAGUUAUCUGUAUUAUUUUGCAUAUGCAAAUUACGGAACGAGAGAUUGAUAAGCAAUGAUCUAUGUGAGUGCGUACUGGGAUAUGAUCGGUAUAUACUUAAUAAUAACAGUUCAAACUGAACAAAAAUUCGUGUGUUUAAUGGCUUCUUCAAAACUUAGAAGCGACACGAGUGACCAACGCGGAAUAUUCAGAGUUUAAUCACAAACCUAUUUUCGGAUUAUUAUUGGAAUUACAACGAUCAGCAAAUUAAAUAAGGGUAUACAUUUAUGGUAAAGAGAUGAAUCCAACUUCGUAUUACCAUCGGGUUAACAACAACUAAUUUUAUCGGGCAUGAUUGUAUAACCAUGUUCUAAAUACAAUGUAGUAGAGAUCGGAAUCCGUCUUCUUAUAUCACCAUCUGAUAAAAGCAACUCGUUCAUGUAUGACCUAUUGAAUUCAGUGUUGCAUAUGCUGACUCCAAGUUAACAUUUCUAUCGAGUAUAAAGGACCUAUUUAAAUAAAUACAAGUGUUGCAUCCAAUUUCUAAAACUGAAAUUUGCAUUUUUUGUAAACUCCUAUUAUCGUUGACUCAUAAUAGAAUCUUCGGAUAUAUCGUAUUGCACUAUGGUAGUUUUAAGAGACAUAGUUUACGGUCGAAUCCCAGGAACCGUCGAGGAAUCCUACUGUCUGGAUUUGUAUCUACCGAAUGACGUCAACUUGAAGCUGGAUGAAUCGAAUUACGAAUCAUUAGUAUACAGUAGCGCAGUUGCUGAGUCUGCAAGAUUGGAAAAUGAUGGAUGUCUGACAAGGAAGCGAUCAAAGAAACAGGAAGCAACGUUAGAUAGUCGCAGCAUAUCCGAUAUUUCAGCGCCGCUUGUUUUGUUCUUUCAUGGCGGAGGGUGGCGUCGUGGCGGGAAGAACGCGUGGCGUCAUUACCUGUAUCAUGAUGUGAACUUUCUGGUAGCAUUAAACCAGUAUUUCACUGGCACGUAUGCGAAUGUUGGAACCACCUUAUUGAAGAAUGGCAUUAUGUGUGCCCUGGUGUCUUACCCGUUGACGGAGGUCGUCAUGCCCGUCCUUUUAUUUGAAAUGAUGGCAUCAUACUUUCAGUGUGUUUUUGUGACGUCUGUGCUUUCUUUACCGAUACUUGUGACAUAUUUCUCUCUAAGAUCGACCGUUGGUAGUCAUGGGGAUUGGAAUUGUAUAUCACCUGAAUGGUCUGAUACAAACUACCUGAAAAUAUAUCUUCUAUCAGUACUACUUUGCGUUAAUGUAUUAACAUUGUAUAUACUUACGUCAAGACAAACGAGGCAUUUAAAGGCAGCGUUAGUGACGCUCAGUGUAGUGUGUUUAGCGUGUGCAUUAUUUAUACAAGAACAGUCCUGUUCGCCUGAGACUCGUUUGCUUUUAGCAACAGUUCUUACAUUUGUCUGCAGUCAAACAAUAAUUGCACAUAAUAGAUUGAAACGAAGAAUUCAUAACAGUUUUCACCAGUCGACUGCUGUUGCCAUGGCAGUAAAAUGGGCCACACACGUUUGUCAUAAGACACAUUCCCGCCUGUAUUUGAUGGGCCAUUCUGCUGGUGGCCAUCUGGUCACGAGGACAGUUCUUGACGACACGAUCUUGCAGGCGUUCGAGUGUAAAGCAAAGGAUAUUUCGGGCGUGAUAUCCAUAUCCGGUGUCUAUGACUUGCUGUGCUUGCAGAAGAGACUGUUACGAACUGUUUACCUUCUACCAACCUUCGGAAAGGACCAUGACGGCUGGAUGAACGCCUCUCCAACUCAUAUAGUGCAGAAACAGCGUCGCGCAUUGGCUGAUACCCGGUUUCUGUUGCUAAGCGCCAUGAAAGACCCGUUUUUAAAGGAUCAGUCUCUUGAAUUUUACAGCGCCUUGCGAUCUCGGGGAUAUGCUUGCACACAUAUUGAGAUACCUUGGACGAAUCAUUUUAGUAUAAUCACCGGGUAUAAUACUGAAAAAGGAUCAACACUAAGGCUGUGUUUUGAAUUUGUGUUAGCAUGAUUUCUUUGUCGUAAAAUCAAGAUUUCUUUGUCGUCAAAUCAAUACUGUUUUUUUUUCUCAAAACAAAUAGGUAUUAUGUCAAUAUGAAUGUACUGUAUAAUAUGUUGCAAAGCAGGACACUACGAACUAUUGUGAUACAAUAAAUACAGAGGCGUAGAUCUGCUAAACAAUAAACAAUAAAUUAGCAAAGUGUGAAAUCAAAUAAUAACGCAUUCAUCAACAUACAGUACUUAGAAUUCGUUUGGUUUUUAUUGGUGUUUACCUUUAUAAAUAAAGAGGAAGGUGUAAUUGCUACCAACGAGGAAGUAUAUAUAAAUGCGUACAUGCACAGCUGGUUAUUAUUUUACACACGAUGUUCAAUACAUAUUCUGAAAUAUAACGCGGCUAAAAUAAUUA